CCUCGGGAGUACAACAAGUUAGCUGAAGAGAGCUCUCCUUUUGGGGAAAUGUUCUAUGGCACCAAUGGAUUUUUGGGAGACUAACUGGCUGCCCUGUCCGUUUAUCGGAAUGCCGUGGCCACAGAAGUGAGGAGAGCCUGGAGCUUAGAAAGCAAGAGUGGCAAAAGGACAAGAACAAAAGUUUGGAGCGGGAGAGUUCUCGGGGAGCCUCAGUACUGAGGUUCCCUGAAGACAUGCCGAAAAUGAGGCCUUUCCAAAGGCGUCUGCUGCUCUGCCUGACAGUGCUGGUUCUACUGGUUGCAGCUACAUGCGAAGGGGAGGUGCUGAUGAUUCCGAGGGCCAAGGACAGCACUCCGCUGCGCUUCACCCAUCACCUCUACAACGCCACCAUUCCUGAGAACUCUGCCCCCAAGACCUACGUGCAGAGUUCCACGCGCAUGGGGAUCGUGGUGGCCGAUGCCUUCUGGGACGUCCGGUACAAUCUGGUGGCCGGCGACGACGACGAGCUCUUUGCGGUGGAGGAGGUGAACGUCGGAGACUUCUGCUUCCUGCGUGUCAAGACGCGGAGCGGCCACUCGACCGUGCUGAACAGAGAAGUCAGGGACGUUUACACCAUCACGGUGGAGGCCGUCGAGAGCACGCACAACUUUCAGGCCUGGACCAAAGUGUCGAUUCAAGUCCUUGACACCAAUGACCUCAAGCCGCUGUUCUACCCGGCGUCGUACAACGUGGCCAUCAAAGAGGAUACACCUUUAAAGACGAGCAUAGCUAAAGUCAGCGCAACCGAUGCUGACCUGGGCAUAAAUGCAGAGUUCUAUUACUCUUUUGACAGCAGGGCCCAUCCGUUUGCUGUCGAUCCAUUCACAGGAGUUAUUACACUCGUCAAGAACUUAAACAGCAGUCGCAGGGACCGAUAUGAGCUGAAGGUGCUCGCCGAGGACAGGACAAAGAAGAUCUCUGGUGUCCAGAAGUAUGCCAAUAACGCACGGGUGAUUGUUACAAUUACAAAAGACACCACUGACAGUUUGCCAUUGCUUUCCUCAUUUUCAGUCAAGGGAGCCAUGCUGGAUAGUGACAAAAUACAUGUCGAUAUUCAAGUUAAGCCUCAACCACUUCAGAUAGAGACAUUGAGCAUUGUGUCAGGGGAUCCUGAACAGUGUUUCCAGGUUACCCCAUCCAAUGUGCAAGGCAGUGACUUUCAAAUCCUCUCAACGAAACGAAUAAACUGGUUCCAAAAUCCAUUUGGACUGAAUUUAACUCUUCAAGCAAAGGAUGGAAGCAGCCCCCCUCUAUUAAGUCCAAAACAAGAGAUACACAUCCCCCCGCCACCAGUCAGCCCACUGAAAUUCGAACAGGAUGUGUACUAUACAACUCUUAGUGAAUUUGCUCCCAUCAAAAGUCACGUAGUUAGAGUGACGGCAACCCCAAUGCUUCCAAAUAUUACAUAUCGCUUGAAAAGUAUAGAUGGAAGCAAUAAAUUCCACAUGAACCCUAAAACUGGUGUAAUUGUAACGUCCGAGACAGUUGACUUUGAGAAAAGGUCUCGCUACGACUUAGUUGUGACCUUGAAUCAGGGUGAAGCCGAGGCCCGUGUCAUUGUUGACGUCACCGAUGAAAAUGACAACGCCCCCAUUUUCACCCUCCCCUCCUAUCAGGUCAGUCUCUCUGAAAAUGUCCCAAUAGGAACCAGUGUGUUGGCUGUCACCGCCAUUGAUGUUGACCAAGACAACAACGGAUUUGUGACUUACGCCAUCGCCAACACCGCUCCGGUCCCGUUCACCAUCGAUGCAUUCUCUGGUGUGGUAGUCACCACCGAGGAGCUGGAUUAUGAGGUCAUGAAGCGCUGGUACCACCUCCGGAUUUGGGCCUCGGACAGUGGCAGCCCCUUUAGUCACGUGAGUGAGGCAGUGGUCACCAUCACCAUGAGUAAUGUCAACGACAACACUCCACUGUUCGAGAUGGCAAAUUGUAACGCCUCUAUACCGCCAGACUUUGCCGUUGGUAGCGCUAUCGGCCAGGGCUUAUCUGCAGUUGACCUGGACGAGCUGCUCCAGGUCAAGUAUGCCAUCGCCUUUGGGAACGACGAGGAGCUGUUCGCCAUCAACCCCACCAGUGGGGUCAUCACGCUGGCGAAGCCAAUCAACACAGACCCUGAGGAAGGCCAAGCUCUGACUUACACUUUGAAAAUUAUUGCAACAGAUGGCAAGUACAGCUCUGACCCGACUAAAGUCACCAUUAAUGUCAACAGUACAGUCAAGGAGGCUGUUAUGCACUGUCAGGAGACAGGGGUUGUCAAACAGCUGACAGAUAAGCUAAUUGAAUCUAUCAAACCUGUGCUGUCAGUGCAAGAUGAGGAGUCCUACUCAGACGUUCACAUUAUUAACCGUCACUCACCAAAGUUUGCCGUAGGCACUCCUGGUACCAUCGAUGUUAAAGAGGACACUCCAAUCAACACCACUGUCCUUCACAUCAAGGCCCAUGACGAAGACACAGGGUUUAAUGGCAAGUUAAUCUAUGCCAUCACAAAUGGGAAUGAGAACGGGUGCUUCGCGAUGGACAUUUUCUCUGGAGAGAUUUGUUUAAUUUGCUCUCUAGACAGAGAGUCGAAGGAAUUUUACAUUCUCAAUAUAACAGCUUAUGAUCUCGGCACACCCCAGAACUCUGUGUGGAAGUUUCUGGCUGUGAAUGUUUUAGAUGUCAACGACAGUCCACCACGAUUUCAGCAGCCUAGAUAUGUCGUAAGCAUCUCAGAAAACGCAGAACUACAGACAAGUGUCUUCCAAGCGCAGGCUGUAGACUUGGACCUGACUGACAAUGGAAUCAUCCGAUAUUCUUUGUUGACACAGACAGAAUUGUUUCGGGUGGAUGAGGAAACUGGUGAGGUCAGCGUGGCAGGGCGGCUGGAUAGGGAGGUCACGCCAAGGCAUGACCUCCGAAUUGAGGCCAGAGAUCAGGCCAAAACAGACCCUCAGCUCUUCUCAGUGUUGGAUUUGGUGGUGGUCUUGGAGGACGUCAAUGACAAUCCUCCGAGAUUUGCUCCCAAAAUCCACCGGAUUAAGGUCCCUGAAGACGUGCCUGUGGGAACGGUGCUGCUGUGGGUUGAAGUCUUUGACCUGGAUUUGGGCUCGGGCAGGCUAAUCAACUACAAUCUUAAAAACAACGAGAAUGGGAUCUUCUUGCUUGACACCUCGACUGGAUCACUGACACUGGAGAAGGAGUUGGAUUACGAGAGGAAGCAAAUGUAUAAUCUGACCGUCCGAGCGGUUGACCACGGCCAGCCACGCUCGCUCUCCUCCUCCUGUUUCAUCGAGGUGGAGGUGCAGGACGUGAAUGAGAACCUCAACAGUCCUGCCUUCUCAGAGUUUGUCUACACUGCUCAGGUGGCAGAGGACUCUGCAGUGGGAACUUCUGUUUUGACUGUGACUGCUGUAGACCAUGACGCGGGCAGAGAUGGAGUCGUCAGAUACUUCAUCCAAGAUGGCUCUGGCCUUGGAGUCUUCACUGUCGAUGAGGAGACAGGUGUGAUUCGAACGUUGGAAACUCUGGACAGAGAGACCACCACACACUACUGGUUGACCAUUUUUGCCACAGACCUUGGCACGGUGCCCCUGGUGUCGUGGACAGAGGUCUAUCUGGAGGUUUUGGACAUAAAUGACAACCCUCCCCAAUUCUCCCAGCCCAUCUACUUUGCGUCCAUUCAAGAGAACCAACCCCCGGAGCAGUCUGUGGUGCAGGUGUCUGCCACAGACAUGGACAUGUCAUCAGAGAACAAGCUGACCUACCAGAUGUUGGAUUCACAGAGAACUUACUUUUCCAUCGAUCCUACUACAGGUGUGAUAAGUACCCUUGCAGAGCUGGACCGAGAGCAGAAAGCGGAGCAUAUUAUCGAGGUUUCAGUGUCCGAUAAUGGCAUCCCGCCUCUUCGCUCCACCGCUUCUGUGGUCAUACGGGUGGAGGACGAGAACGACAACGGCCCCGUGUUCAGCCACAAGAUCUUUCAGGUCCGGCUGCCCGAGCGCCAUGGGAACCACACCCCGCAGGACGUGUACAGAAUGGUCGCCCGCGACAACGAUGAGGGCCUCAAUGGCAUGAUCACCUACAGUCUCCAGGACGACCAGGAGGGCCGCUUUGAGCUUCACCCCGUCACUGGCACUGUCACCUCCAUGGGCAACUUCUCCUCAGGACAGUACACCAUCCUCACGAUCAAAGCCAGUGACCACGGCAGCCCGGCGAGGACGGCCACGGCGCGCCUGGACAUCGAGUGGCUGCCCACUCCCAACCCCAGCCCCGAGCCCCUGGCCUUCGACGAGGCCCACUUCACCUUCGCCGUCAUGGAAACGGACCCCGUCUCCCACAUGGUGGGCAUCAUCAGCACCGAGAUCACCUCCAACCUGCUCUGGUUCGACAUCACCGGUGGUGACGAGGACCUGGAUUUCGACAUUGACAAGAACAGCGGCAGCAUAGUGGUGGCCCGGCCCCUGGACGCGGGGAAGAGGUCCAACUACAACCUCACCGUGAGGGUGACAGAUGGACUGCAGGCCAUCACGACACAGGCCUAUAUUCGCGUCCUGGACAUGAAUGAGCACCGCCCGGUGUUCCAGAAGAGUCUGUACGAGGUGCGCGUGCCGGAGGACACGGCGCCCUGGAAGGAGAUCCUGCAGGUGAGCGCGGAGGACGCCGACAUCAACAGCCGUCUGGUCUACUCCAUCCACGGCAGCGUUCACCCGGACAGCGCCGCCUCCUUCCAGCUGGACCCCCGGAGCGGAGUCCUGGUCUUGGCCGAGCAGUUGGACUUCGAGGCACUGCCCCUGCACGUCCUCAUCAUCAUGGUUCGAGAUCAAGAGAUUCCUGUGAAGAGAAACUUUGUGAGAGCGUUGAUCCAUGUGGAGGACUGCAACGACCACACGCCCACCUUCCUCAGCUCCCGUUACGAGACCAGCGUGGCUAACCUGGCCCCUACCGGCACAGAGGUCCUGAGAGUCAAAGCUCUGGACAAAGACACCGGAAGCAACGCUGAGAUAGUCUACGCAUUUCACUCAGGGAACGGCGAUGGGGCCUUUGACAUCGACCAGGACACAGGAAGCAUACGUGUAGCAAAGCCCCUCUCUACUCCAGGACAGGACCAGUAUCACCUGACCGUCAAAGCCAUGGACCAGGGCUUCCCAGAGCGCAGUGACCUCUGCCCCGUGACGGUCCACGUCACCCUGUCCGACAUGACGCCCCCUCGAUUCCUGUCCGAGGAGUACUUCACAGAGAUCAGCGAAGCAGUGCGACCUGGAGCACCGGUGGUCACUGUCAUAGCGGAGAGUCCUGCACCUUUGCAGUACGCCAUCAAGGACGGUGACCCCAACCGAACCUUCCACAUAAACGCUAAUUCCGGCCAGAUCUCCGUCGAGUCAGAGUUGGAUUACGAGACGUGUGCUUCGUAUCGCCUCCGGGUGCAGGCCACCACAUCGAUGGGGAUCUCGUCCAGUGUGAUCGUGCAUGUGUAUGUCGUGGACGAAAACGACAACCCUCCUGUGUUCCUGCAUAGGAGCUUCCACGGCCAGAUCAGCGAGGCGGCCCAUGUCGGCGCCAUGGUGAUCGGGGAAAACAACUCCCCUCUGGUGAUCAAGGCCAGCGAUGCUGACAAAGACUCUAAUGCCCUGCUCGUCUUCCAAAUCCUGGAGCCCCAGGCCCAAAAGGUGUUCAAGGUGGACCCCAACAUGGGCACCAUUUCACUCAUCGCUCCCGUCGACUAUGAGUCCACCCCCGAGUUUCAUCUGACCGUUCAGGUCAGGGACUCAGGCGAGCCCUCGCUGAUGGCAGAGACGCCAGCCAUGGUUGUCAUCCGCGUGCUUGACUUCAACGACUGCCCGCCUAUAUUCACAGAAUCCUCAUACAACACCUCCAUGGAACUCCCCCUCUUUAAAGACACGGAAGUCGUGCAAGUGCUGGCACACGACCCAGACUCCGAGGUCACCUACAGCUUGUCUGAGAGCAGUCCAAAUAAACAUUUCAUCAUCCACCCCUCCUCCGGCGUCAUCUCUGUGGCCAAUACCUCCGCCAUCCAAGGCCAGCAUCAGCUCAGCGUUGUGGCCUCCGAUGGCCUGUACAAGGAUGAGGCCGUUGUGCAUGUGAACAUCAGCAACAUGAUGCUAUCCAGCCUGAAGUUCGAGGAAGGGCACAAGGUGGCCACUGUCCUGGAAAAUGUAACGUUUGUCAAAACCCUGGCUGUCCUCAGAGCCGUGGGCGGCUUCCUCAAGGAACCCCUCCACUACAAAGUGCUGAAUGGCGGCGACAAAUUCACCAUAAUCGAAUCCUCUGGAGUGCUCCACACCACCGGCGUCCCGUUUGACCGAGAGGAGCAAGAUGAGUACGAUCUUGUGGUGGAGGUGAAGGACACGAGAUGGCCGCCGCGUAGAGCGCUAACAAACAUAAAGGUAUACAUCGAUGACAUCAAUGACAACGCUCCUGUUUUUCAAAAUCUGCCCCACUCGUUGACGAUCUCAGAGGAGACCGAGCCUGGCGAUGUACUCUAUCAGGUGAUGGCCAGCGAUGCGGACGUGGGGGAGAACGGGUCGGUCAUUUUCAUGCUUCAGGACGACUUUGAAUUCUUCAGAAUAGAUCCAUAUCUUGGAGAUGUGUCACUUCAGCGGCCCUUGGACUUUGAAUCCCUUAAUAAAUAUGCGCUCACUGUGCUGGCGUCUGACGAAGGAGAACCGAGUUACACGGCGGUAGCAGAGCUUUAUGUGCAAGUGCAGAACCGCUCUCACCCUGUGUUCCAGAGCUCCUUUUACCCAUUGAAAUUACCAGAGAACAUUGCCCCCUACACCACUAUCCUCCAUGUGCAGGCGCGGAACCCUGAUGGCUAUCGCAUUAUUUACAACCUAGAGGAGGAAAAUGCGACCAAAAACUUCUACAUUGACUUCAAAACAGGGGCUCUGAGUGUAACAGACGCCCUCGACCACGAGACUCAAACAAGCCACCUGCUCACGGUACGGGCAACAGACUCUGUGAUGGGCACUUUCGCAGAGGCCAAAGUGGAAAUCGAAGUGGAGGAUGUGAAUGACAAUGCCCCUGUGUUUCAGAACCACACAUACGAAGCACAUGUGCUGGAAGGACUCCCCGCUGGCACCUCUGUGCUACAAAUUAGUGCGACGGAUGAGGAUUCAGGCAAGAAUAAAGAAGUCACAUAUGAGCUGCUCAGCACAGACAAGAAUGAGACAGACUUUUUUGAGAUUGAUCCACAGACAGGUCUGCUGGUGACAUCACAGGAGCUGGACUUUGAAAGCACUCAGCACCUCCUUUUAAAGAUCAAAGCGACAGAUAGUGGCUCCCCGCCUCUGAGCAGCGAGGCCUACAUCCUGGUUAAUGUGACUGAUGUCAACGACAACCCGCCCGACUUCACCAAGACCCAUUACCAGGCCUCUCUGGACGAGCAGGCCACCUGUGGCCACAUAGUGGUAAAAAUACAGGCAUCGGAUCCAGACAGCACAAACCUCCAAUACAAAAUCCUCUCAGGGAAUGAGAACAGGUACUUUGCCAUUAACGAGUCGUCUGGCGUCAUCUCCUUCUCAAACGUCUGCAAGCGAAACCUAGACCCUUUUUACAACCUAACGGUGGCCGUGUCGGAUGGGGUCUUUCAAAAAACGGCCGCAGUGAACAUCGACAUGAUCCACAGCAACAGGCACAGCCCAUACUUCAGUCAGAACAUCUAUGAAGCGGAGCUGGCGGAGAACACUGAGCCGGGCACAAGAGUGAUCCGUCUGGCUGCGAUUGACCCAGAUGAUGGACCUUACGGCAGUGUGGACUACACCAUCAUCAACAAGCUUGCUGACGAGACCUUUUCCAUAGACCAAGACGGACAGAUAGUUACAUCCAAGCCACUGGACAGAGAGAAUCCCUUGCAGAGGGUGAUUGCCAUUAAGGUGAUGGCCAAAGAUGGGGGUGGGAGAGUGGCCUUUUGCACAGUGAAGGUGAUUCUGACGGACGAGAAUGACAAUGCCCCGCAAUUCAAAGCUUCUGAAUAUCAGGUGUCCAUCCAGUCCACCGUCAAUAAAGGGGCUCCUGUCAUUCAGAUCAUGGCUUAUGAUGCAGAUGAGGGCAAAAACGCAGACGUCACCUACACCAUCCAGGAGGCGUCGGAAGUGACAGAGGACGUGAUUGAGAUUAACCCCUUCACCGGGGUCGUUAGUGUGAAAGAGAGCCUGGCUGAUAUGGAGGACAAGAUAUUCCACUUCAAAGUGAAGGCGCGAGAUGGUGGCCUGCCCUUUUACAACUCCACCGUGCCCGUAGAGGUGAAAGUUGUGCCGCCGGAGGCGCCUCUGCCACAGUUCACCGAGCCGCUGUACACAUUCACUGCCUCCGAGGACCUUCCUCUGGGAACAGAGAUUGGGGUGGUGCGGGCUGACGGUGACGACCCCAUCAUAUACAGCCUGGUGGAGGGCAACACCAUCGAGAGCAACAAGGAGCAUGUGUUUGCCGUGGACGAAGAGAGCGGCACGCUGGUGGUCCAAAAGACCAUCGAUCACGAGAGGACCAAGUGGUACCAGAUCGACGUGGUGGCCCAGGGGAACCACAACGGCACCGACGUGGCCUCGCUGGUGUCCGUCAGCAUCCAGGUCCAGGAUGUCAACGACAACGAGCCCACCUUCGACGCCGACCCGUACCAGGCCUUCCUGGCCGAGAACCUCCCGCCCGGCACCACCGUCAUCCAGGUGACCGCUAACGACCCCGACACGGGCGACAACGGACAGGUGACGUACCUCCUGGAGCCGGAGGACGUCGGCGACAUCUUUGCCAUCGACAGCGAGAGCGGCUGGAUCACCACCAUGCGGGAGAUGGACUGCGAGAGCGUGCAGAUGUACCGCUUCUACGUCGUCGGCACCGACCACGGCAGCAAGGUCAAGCUGUCGUCCUCCGCUCUGGUGGAGGUGAUGAUCACGGAUGAGAAUGACAACCCCCCGCGCUUCACAGAGGAGCUGUACCAGGGCUCGGUCAUGGAGAACGCCCGGCCGGGAGAGGUCAUCGUCACUCUGUCCACCACGGAUCUGGACGUGACUGCGGAGAACCGCCUGGUGACGUGUUACAUAACAGAUGGAGAUCCUCUGGGCCUCUUCUCCGUGGAGCCGGACGGUGAGGAGUGGAGCGUGGUGCUGCGGGGCCCGCUGGACAGGGAGCUCAACGACAGGCACACCCUGCAGGUGGUGGCCUCUGAUGGCAGGGCUCAGGACACCACCUCGGUGGAGAUCCACGUGCUGGACAUCAAUGACAACAGCCCACUGUGCGAACAGCUGCUCUACACGGAGGCCGUGAUGGAGAACUCUCCCCCGGGCCGCUUCAUCCUCAAGGUGUCAGCGGCCGACCCCGACAUCAGUACAAAUGGACACCUAUCCUUCACCCUUCACGGCCACAACGCUGACAAGUUCCACCUGAACCAAUGGACAGGUGAGCUUUUCACGUUGGCGACGUUAGAUCGUGAGCGAGAGUCAGACUACGAGCUGGUGGUGAAGGUCACGGACGGCGGCGGGCGCUCCUGCCAGGCGGACAUCGUGCUCAUGGUGCAGGACAUGAAUGACAACGUGCCGCAGUUCUCCAUGGACCACUACGAGGUCACCGUGUUCGACAACACCACCGUCAGGACACCCGUCGCUGUCAUCUACGCCAGAGACCCAGAUACAGGUAUAAACUCGGAGGUGAGGUACUCUCUCCACGGCCUGGACAGCAGCUUCUUCUCUCUGGAUGAGAUCUCCGGGGUGCUGCGUCUAGAGAGGCCUCUGACGGAGCAGGCGCAGCCCACCUUCGAACUGAAGGUGAAGGCCACAGAUCGAGGCCUGCCGCACCACAUGCACUCCUUUGCCACGGUGACGGUGAACGUGGUGGACCUCAGCCAGUACCAGCCGGUGUUCGCCAGCUCCGAGUACAGCACGUCCGUCCCGGAGUCCAUCGCCGUGGGGACGGAGGUGCUCAGCGUGACGGCCCACAUGACAGACGAGGAGACCGCCGGCGAACCCGUCACGUACACCAUCGUAGCCGGGAAUGAGGGCGCAAAGUUUCAGAUCAAUCCUCAUACAGGGAUACUAUGGGUCAGUGACUCACUGGACUUCGAGACGAGUCGUGAAUACUACCUGUCAGUGGAGGGCACCAGGGGCCGCUCCUCGCUCAGUGACGUCACCAUGGUCAUCAUCAACGUCACCGACGUCAACGACAAUGCGCCGGUGUUCGGCCGUGCCGACUACGCCACCGAGGUCUCCGAGGACAUCACGCCGGGACAUUUGGUGAUGCAGGUCACGGCGGACGACCUUGACGGUCCUUUGAACAGCAUGGUGCGCUACUUCAUCGCUAACGGCGACCCACAGCAUCAGUUCACCAUUGAUCCACACAGCGGGGAGAUCCGGGCCACAGCCCUGCUGGAUCGCGAGGAGGUGCCCCACUACUCUCUGACGGUGCUGGCCUCUGAUGACGGGGAGCCUCCGCUCUCCGCUGCGGUGCAGGUGACGGUCACCGUGGCCGAUGUCAAUGACAACCCGCCCACCUUCUCUCAAGUCAACCACAGCUUCACGCUGCAGGAGGGAGAGCCAGUGGGGACCAGUGUGGUGCAGCUGCUGGUGACAGACAAGGACACGCCCAAAAACGGACCACCCUUCACCUUCCACGUGGUCUCUGGCAACGAGGACCGGCGCUUCCACAUCGACCAGGGAGGCCUGCUCUCACUGGCCGCCCCCCUAAGGAAGAAGAGCAAGGCCCAGCACCUGCUCAAAGUCCAGGUCACAGACAGCGGCCACCCGCCUCUGUCCUCCAUCUGCGUGGUGCUCAUCAACGUGACGGAGCAGAGCAAGUUCCCCCCGGUGGUGUCUCCCCUGGAGGUCUUCAUCACCGUGCCCACGGGGACGCCCUUCGCCAGCAGCGUCAUCGGCAAGCUCCACGCCACCGACCAGGACCUGCACGACGUCCUCACCUUCACCAGGGUGUCCGAAUCCCCGGCGGGGGCCCGCUUCUCCGUGGGGGCCCGGGACGGGCGCGUGGUGGCCGACGAGGACCUGGAGCCGGGCGUGUACAACCUGAACGUCAGCGUGUCGGACGGGACCUCCAGCACCAUGGCACCGGUACGCGUGCACGUGUGGGCUGCCUGGCAGCGAGCGCUGGAGAGGGGCUUCAGCCUGAGCCUCGCCGGCCUCUCGCCCGAGGAGUUCCUGGGGGACCACUGGAGGGGCCUCCAGAGGAGCCUGAGCACCUCGCUCGGCGUACCCAGGCACGAGCUCCACAUCGCCAGUCUGCAGCAGGAGCCAAACUCCCUGGUGCUGGAUGUGCUGCUGCUGUGGCGCGCUCCGGUCGACUCUGAGCUGGUCGGUGGAGAUGGAGGUGCAGCGGCAGGGCUUGCCACCCAGCGUCUUGUAGGGGCGGUGGCCAAUGCGGAGGAGGCCCUGGGGCUGAGCGUGCUGCGGCUGCACCAUGACGGCUGCCUAGAGCCCGGGUGUCCCCCACGGGGCUGUCGAGGGGCGGUGGUCAUGGAGGAAGAGAGGGUUAACCACUACGCCACGGCCAGGAUGGGCUUCAUCACGCCACGCCACCACUGGGAGAGCGUCUGCUCUUGCAAUGGUUCUGCCAUUAAGUUUGAUGGCAAUGGCUACCUGAAGUACCUUUAUCAAGUCAGCGAGCACGUGCGGCACUUCCAGCUCUCUUUUCGAAUAAAGACAGUCCAGAGAGACUCUGUGAUCAUGACAACCAAUGCUUCAGAUUGGGGAAUCUUGAAGCUGGAGGAUGGAGAGCUGCAGUUCCGGUACGCCUGCGGUAACCAGCUCCCCGGGGCCGUCCAGGUGCGUGGGCAUCAGGUGGCAGACGGCCGGUGGCACCGCGUCCUCCUGGUGGUCAACGGCACGCUGCUGAGCCUCAGUGUCGACGGGGACGUCCACAGCAGUCGCAGUCAGGGUGUCUCCCCCUCCUCCAGUGGUGUGACGCUGACGGAGCCCUGUCGCCUGGUGCGGCCGCGUGGGGCUCUGCUGCUGGCCACCGCUGGCCGCCUGGAGCAGGAGCGUGCCGAGCGGCAGCGGCUGCGGCGUCAUGACCCCCCACAGGGCCUCCGAGGCUGCCUGGAGGGCCUGCAGUUCAACGGGGAGGCCAUCAGGACGGCGGAGGCCAGAUUGUCUGGUGCGGAGGGGAGGCGUGUGUUUGGCGUCUACCAGUGUUGUGCUGCCGAGGCUCCUGGAGGAGGCUGUGCAGCGGUCAGUCAGCCCUGCAUGAACGGAGGAUCCUGCCUGGAGGCUGAAGGGGGAGAGAUCUCCUGCAGCUGUCCUGGCCACUUCUAUGGUUCCCGCUGUGAGCUAGCAGGCAACCCCUGUGAGUCUCAGCCGUGUGUGCAUGGCGGCCAGUGUGUGCCCAAGCCGGACGGCUUCUUCUGUAACUGCACUGAGGACAGCGACGGGAGCAGGUGUCAGAACCUGGUGGACCCGUGCUCUCCAAAUCCUUGUGGUCGGGGUUUCGACUGCAAGCGAGCAGAGCAGUCGUUCUACUGCAACGCUCUGCCUGUGGUGUCCCCAAUCACCUACCUGGAGAUGGUGGAGAUCGUGGGGGGAGUCCUGGGCCUGCUGCUGCUGGUGGCCGCAUUCGUGUACCUGCGCAAGCGCUACGUCAACCACAAGAAGCACAAGCCCAUCUGUGUGCAGGACUCCAACGGCUACUUCCCUGCCCACCUGACCAAGAGCAUGAUGAUGGUGGACACGGCGCCCAUGGAGAUGACCACCCUGAUGGGGUCCCGUAGUGACCUGGACCGCCACAGCCCCUUCCGCACGCUGAAGCCCCAUCACGGCCCUCCUCCGCAUGGGCCCGGUGGGCCGCAACACGGGGGGUCCCUCCUCCUCAGCCCAAAGCCCCAGGGGCCCAUGGUGUGUAGCGUGGCCCCCCACCUGCCGGAGCCGGCACCCCCUCCCUCCACAUCCGACAACGAGUCCAUAGCCAAGACCAACUGGGAGCCGGACUACGAAGUCUACCCAGCUGAUCCAGAUUACUAUGGCCGUCCUGCCGUCCGGGAGUUCCCCCAGUUCGAUAUCGUGGAGAGCACCUACAACACCUCCACCUGCGACUCCAGGCGAUCCGACUCCCGGCGAUCCGACUCCAGGCGAUCCGACUCCCGGCGAUCCGACUCCAGGCGAAACUCGCGUUUCGGGGGUUUCCCGUUCCCCCUGGAGCGCGUGGGUGGCGGGGGAGGGGACCGGCGUGCCCCCCUGCCUCCCUGCUACAGCAACCAGAACCUGGAUGACUUCCUGGGCCCCGACGGCCUGCCCCUGCCCAGCCACCAGUGCCCCAAUGAGUACACAGCCAUCAGCUACUACCCGGCGCAGCACGCGCAGAGUUUGGACAAUGUGUCGGGCAGCAACUACCAGCGCCUCAGUGUUGUCGGCACGCGGCUCAGCGUGGCGCACCCGUCCUACACCACUUCCCGGGAGCCUUCGCCGGCACGGUCCCGUCGAGCGGCACCCCAACCCCAGGCUCCGCGCCACCCCGCCAGGCACAGCGGGCGCCAGAGCUAUGCCAGCUCGGACAUGGUAGAGAGCGACUAUGGCAGCUGUGAGGAGGUCAUGUUCUGAAAAGGGGAAACCAGACGCGAAUGUGCCCCCGUGACAAUAUGUGGCAUUUUGUUUGAAAGCACUACAGGUGUAACGCCUAAAAUAACACAAGUCGUCUGCCGUAUGAGGCUAACGUUCAUCGAAAAGGACAAUUGAGUUCACAAUGCUGUACAAAUCCAUGAAAUAUGCAAAGGUCUGCCAGCUUCGCUUGUUUUGCUUAACUUUCGAAAUAAUCAGGAAGCACACUACCUACUCACUAUCAUUUCGUCGGUUUAUCGACAGUAAGUUGAUGUAUCAACAGACUCACUGACUGCAUCGUACAUGAAAUUGUACAUAGAAUAUGAUUCAUCGAGGUGUCCGGAAGACGGCCUCUUGAUCCUGAAUGAUAUCCUGCCAUUUUUGUUCAAUUUGGUUUGUUUAUUUGUUUUGUACAAUGCACUGAAGAUCCCAGCAGAUGCUGGGGAUUUGGAAGCUGUGAAGAGACCCCAAACCUUGGAUCCUGACAAACUCUCUUAGAGGAGGCUCUCUCUUCCCACGCCGAGACAUAGCAGUAUUAUUAUUAUUUUCACACAAGUGUCCAUUCCAGUCAGGAGAUCAGUAACAACAGAGGGGGGCGGGGCAUUUUGACUGUUUUGGAGGGAAAACAAGUCGAGCUCUCAAAUCAGAGCUGUGUUUUGUUUGUUCUACUGUAUUCCAACCACCCUCCCAUAUGCAUAUAGUACAGUACGCCCAUCUCCACACACACACAUACACAUCCAACAGCUCUUGCUGUUUGUGUUUUUGUCCAUGCAGGAAACUUGGUUAUUUUUGAAAAUUGUUUACACUCCCCCCUCUAUCUUUCUCUCCCCUUCUCCCUCCCUCCCUCUGUCCCUCUGUCUCCCCAUGCAGGGUAGUGGGAGACAUGAGUGAUGAUCAAACCACAUUUCAUCAGUGUUUUAGAUAAAAGUGCAGUGUGUCCGAGUGCGAGAGUGUGUGAAUGACGCAUGUAAACAGAACAUUUUUUGAGCGCUAAUCAAAUGAAAUGCUAUUCAGCAUGAAAAUAUUUUGAAUGGACUUCAAAGGGUCACAUCCCAGGAUAUGUAGGCCUAUAAUCUGAGCAAUGACAACUAAGGUCUUUCAAGCUCAGUUUGUGGGGGCGGGCCCCUCACCAUAGUUCAUAGGCAAAUAUUCUCUAUAAGAUGGUUAAAAUCAAAACAAGUUUGGCAUUCUAUGAUGGGAAAUGAUUACAGCGAUAUUUGCUUUUAUUCUGUUCUGCAGUGUCCUUUGAAAGGCAUUAUGUGUGGGGAUUUGUACUGAAUGUGUUCCAGUAUGCUUAGUGUUUGCUGAAAGUAUGUUCAAAAAUACACAUUUUGUUUGUCUUUAGAUACCAUAUGCACUGAUAUUGAGUCAUACACUGAUCGUCGCCACUGCUCCGAGUCACUUCACACUGGGCUCUCUCACCACCACAAGCAAAACACCAGACUGUAAAGGAGUUUGAAUAUUUUAACUGAACAUUUCGAACUGUUACAUCGCUCCAACUCGAGCCAACAAACAAACAAGCAAGACCUCUGGGUGUUAGGUUACUGUGUGGUGGGAGAUGAGUAAUCAAAUAGUGUAUGGAGUUCACCAGUGUCCUUUAGUUUUCUAUUGAGCAGAUUUCGAAAAAGCACAAACAGUGAUAUUUAAAAAAAAAUGGUGCUGACCCAAUCAAUGUUAUUUCACUCCAACGAGCAUUUAAAACCAUUCAUUUCAACCAGUCACUUAACCACCCUCUUCAUGAAAUUGUUUACAUUGGGCACUGAGUUGUGAGUGAAUGUGAUUUCUCCUAUUUGAUAUAUUACAAUUUCAGCUAUGUGUCUUGUGAAUGGAUACAGUGUACAGUUAGCUAUUGCAUGCAUUGUGGACACAAUGUGGACACAACACCACACAACACAACUUUCACCCCUACCCUGCCUAAUGACAGGCUUUAGAAACUGUCAUUGACUUAAAUCUGAAUCUGGUAGCACAACUGUUUCAAUAUGCAAGUUGCCCAGGUGUAUUGAAUAAAAUAUGGUUUCUUUGCAGAGGUGCACAUGUUGAAGUGUUAUGUCCACUGACACGUCAAGGGCAGCUUCCCGUGGGUGUUUGUCUACUUAAGCUGUGGUUGGACCACAGUCUUUUAUUCUCUGUUGUGGAGAGUUAGUCCUGUAUGACUUCUAUGUGUAUAUGUGCUUAUCGUCAAGUCAAGUGAAUUCAAGAGAAUGUAAAGAAAUAUACAUAUAUAAAGAAUAUAUGAAUAAAUGUAUAUGAUUUU